GCCUGCACGGGCCUCGUGACGUCGUACCUCACGCUCGACGGCGCGCUCGGCGACGAAUCGCGCGCGGACCGGCGCGAGAUGGCAAACCACGCGUCGCGCGAGGUCUACGGCACGCUGAUGAGCAUCAUGUCGUCGGGCGUCGACAGCGCGCCCGACGAGGCGGGCGACGCGCUCGCGCAGCGCUUCGUCAAGGGCUUCUUCGGCUUCUUCGUCCUCGUCGCGACGACGCUCUACACCGCGAAUUUGGCGGCCAUGCUCAGCGACGACGCGGCCUACGACCUCGAGAUCGACUCCAUCGCCGCCUGCGAGGCCGCGCGCUGCUCCGUGUGCGUCCACUCCCAGACCUGGGCCUACGCGGCGGAAAUCUUCGCGGCGUCGCCGCUCCGGCGCGUCGAGGGCGGGUGGACCGCGGCGGCCAACUACGCCAGGCUCACCGCGGGCGACUGCGACGCGAUCAUGCUGAGCUACAGCGACUACGUCACGCUCGACGUCAACGAGGCCCAAAACCUCGACGCGUACCAGUUCGUCGGCCGGCCCGCGUUCAGCUACCCGGAGGCGCUCGCCGUCGCGGACCUCUACCAGAAGCCCGUGUCCCACUACGUCCGCCAGAUCAUCGAGGAGAGCCUCUACGACGCCUACUGGGACAAGCACGCGGGCGCGCUCGCCGCGGACCCCUGGGCGGCGUCCGAGGCCCCGGACUCGACCCGGGAGUCCAUGGGCGUCGCGGAGAUGCUCGGGCCCAUCGCGCUGUCCCUCGCGUCCCUCGUCGUCGCCCUCGCGGUCCACUUCCUGCGCAAGAAGGAGCGCCAGCUCGAGCGCUUCUACUCGAACCGGAGCCUCGACGGCGCGCUCAAGGACCUCGAGGACGCGGAGCGGCGCGUCCGCCGCUUCUCCGGCGCGCGGCCGGCCGUCGCGGUCGGGGCCGAGACCAAGGCCGAGGGCGCGCACCUCGACCCGGGCGCGGCGCGGCCCCCGUCGCCGACGCGGCGGCGCACGAGCGCGGCCGUCGUGGACGUCCACCUCGAGCGCAUGACGAGCCCCAUGCCCGUCCGGGUCUCCGUCGACCCGCCGGAGGAGGAGGACGCCUCCGCGUGGAUGUGCCCGGGGCGGCCGCUGAUGCAUCGCCUCCUGCUGCUGCUGCCCGCACUCGCAACCACCAUCGCCGAACCCGACUGGGCGCAGCGCGCCGCGGCCGUGAAAGACGCCAUCCACGCCUCCUUCGGCGCCUACAUGGCGCACGCGUCGGACUUCGACGUGCUGCUGCCCGCCGCGAAGACCGGCGGCGACGUCGCGGGCGCGCGCUACGCGCUCUACGAGUCGCUCGACACGCUCUACGUCGCCGGGUUGGCCGACGACUUCGACGCGGCCGUCGCGGCGAUCUUCGCCGGCGGGCUGCGCGAUCCGCUGCGGCGCGGCGCGCCCGCGCCGAAGCGCGUCGCGUCCGUCGCCGAGUACGCGCGGCGCGUCGUCGGCGGGCUGCUCGGCGGGUUCGAGGUCUCGGGCGACCGGCGGCUGCUGUACGCGGCCGCGCACGCGGCGGAGCGCGCGCUCGACGCCCUGCCGGACACGCAGGACGUCGUCGUCCUGCCCCCGGACCGGUCGCGCCUCGUCCACGCGCGCACGGCGUCCGUGCGCUACCUGCUCUCGCACUGGGUCGACGACGGCGCGGACUGCGAGACCGUCGGCAACGCGGGCGGCUUCGGCCUCGAGCUCCGCGCGCUGAGCCGCGAGCUCGACGACCCGAGCUUCGCGUCGGCCGCCGACGCCAUCUUCGACGAGAUCGACACGGCCUGGUUCCAGGACGGCGCGAAGGACAGCGCGAGGCGACUGCCGCGGUACCCCGC